CCAUUGAAGCCAAGUAAUUUUAGCUGUUGCUAUAUAUUCUUGUCAUCUUAAGCCCCACAGCUAUAUUUGGGGAGCUUUUCUCUGCUACCUUUUCAAAAUUUUGGAUAGAUUUUUUUUGGUGGUUUUGAUUAAUGGGUUGUAGUCAUAUUUAGCUCUAGAUUCAUAAUCAAAGGUUCAGCUUAGUAAAUUCCAUUUCUUGAAUCAACUUUUGUUUCUUAUAGUUGAUCGUUGAAGAUGCUCAAGGACCAUGCAGGCUCUUUCCUUAUUUAAUUUUUUUGUUGGGAAUUCUGUGGAUAAAUUUAGCUGGAUUUUCUCUCUAAUUUUAAUUGGGUUUUCUUUUGACUGGUCUCUAUAUUUAUGGUGGAAUCAAUCUCUUUACAGUUUUGGAUUGUGAUCUACAUCUUCAACUGCGUUAGGUACUUGGCUUCAUCAUUUAUGAACAUCUGUGAUUAUAUUCCGUGCCCAAUGAUGUGGACAGGCGCAGCAGAAGAUGCAUUGUGCCCUUCAAAGAGUUAAUAGUGAUUUCCAGAAGGGUGCAGAUAGAGGAACAUAUUCAUAUUCAAGGAAGAAACAAAGUAGUUUCAGGACAUCUUUACAGGAAUGUGGAGUUCUUUCUGCCACAUGGAGGAACUCUGAUCAUAGGUGUGCUAUCUUUAAAUUCCUUUCCCUGGAACCCGACGGACGUUGGAAAAUUGUGACGCUACCGACGCAAUGUACUGAUAAUAAUUAUAACUUGGCAUCGGAUGCUCUGGUAAAUAUGGAAAGUCUUCAUCUUGCUUACUCACCACCAAUUAGUCCUUUCAAAUCUAAUUGGAAAACGGUGCAGAAGGGUCCUCCCCUUGAUGUUCUUUAUUCAGUCAAGUCAUGUACAAAUAGAAGAUUUACUGAUUCAACUAUGAGACACCAAUCUCGAAAUAAGACCUUGGUAAACAAAGCUACCAAAUGGAAUGUUUCCAGGAAAUUUCAGAAAUCAUUAACUUCUGGUGAUUCGUCAGCUAUCAUCCCAAAUGACUCUUAUGCUGUUAAAUCGUCGGGUGUGGUGAGUAAUAGAAAAGUAGACAGUAAGAAAAGUUCAAGAAAGAAAAGUAGAAAGAAGGGAAAACAGAGCAAGAAAGUUUUAUGCAAUGUUGGCUCUACUGAUCCUGAUGUGAUUUCUGAGGAAUAUGGUAAUGUAAGUUCAGCUUCUGAAACCUGUGGUAACAACGACGGGGAUGGACCAGCAUUGUUUCCAACUGCACCAGACAUAUCAUUGCCAGAUGCUAGAAAGUCCGAGACACCAAAGACAUGUACCCCUUCCAUUGAUGAGGUAGGCACUGUGAGUAAUUUUGAAAAUCAAUUUCUACUAAAAAACUCGUCAUUUCCCAUAUUAGAUGGGGUGGAGGGUAUUCACCAUACAAAGGCUAGCUGUUGCAAUGAUCUCUAUACCAAAAGUUACUCUGAAAUGCAUGCUUCCUUCAUUUUGGAUUCAACCUCAAUUGGCUCAAACAGUGAUGGUAGUACUAAUGUUGGUCAUGAUGAAAAACAUGCGGAGAGGGAAAUUUACAACACAGAUAUAUAUGAACCACCAAAUUCGAGUUCUAGAAAGGGAUAUUAUACCCGUCAAAGCUCACUAAAUGAUCUGGUGAACUCCUAUCAGCACACUGAGGGAGCCAGGCAGGGUUAUCAUGGUUUUAGUAGUAGUAGUAGUGACAUGAAAUGUGUUGUGCCUAACAAGAGGAGUAGGCAAAACAAAGUAGGACAACGAACUGCAAAUGUUCCCAAAUAUGGUACUGUUGGAAAUAUUCGUACAGGGAAGGAAAAUAAUCAUUCUGUCUGGCAAAAGGUCCAGAAGAAUGACGCCAAUGAUUGCACUGGUGAGUUGAAGAAAGGAAGUUUUGUUUACUCAAGGCUUGAUCUCCCUUUAAGAGAGGCCCCCAUGCUUAAUAAAACCUGUAAUGCUGUUGAUAUAGAUGCCUUUUUAAAAUAUGAGAAUAGGAAGCAGCAAAAAGAUAGAGUACCAAAAAAAGUGAAAAGGAGAACACCUCCUACUUUGAAACGAGAACACAAAUGUUAUUCCAGGAAGGGAUCUCAUGCUAGCUUGGCUAGCUCAGAUGGUUCUUUGAAGCUUCGGAUGGAUCAGAGUGACAUAUCAGAUAUCUCGACUCUGGCGGAGGACAAGAAAGGGUCAAGUGUUGUUUCAAGAUCUUGUUCUCGGCCCACUUGUCCAACCCCUGCAUCCCAGAGUAGCAAAGUAGAGUGCAUGAAUUCUGAAUCAGUUACAAGCAUGCAAGUCUGUCCAAAAGAGAUUGGUCAUCUUGAAAAUGUCUGUAAAACUGUCUCAGGCAUGAAUGAUCAAAAUGUAGGAAAUGAGGAUGGAUCAAUGCAAAAGACAUGUGACUCCCGGAAGGAAUCAAGUCUGCUUCAGAUGCAAUCUCCAGUCUACCUUCCCCAUCUACUUUAUGAUGAGGCAAGUCAAGAAGUGCAUAGACAAAUAUCUCUUGCAGAGAGCAGUAAACAAAACAGGAGUAGUUCUGGGUCUCUUACACAAAAGUGGAUGCCAGUUGGGUUGAAGGAUUCUGAGUCGGCAAGCUCUACUAGAUCUGAAAAUCCGUCUCUUGAAAAUUCUGAUGAGGAAGCUAUCAAGAGAUUGGCUAUUAAAGCCAAUGUGGUUUCUGAAGCAGCAGUUGAGCACGCUGCUCAGGGUUUUGGAGACAUAACUUGUUCCUCCGAUGAUGCUGAGGGCAGGCUUCCAACAUCAAAUGCAAUUAAAGAGCUGACCAACAAGCAACUUGGUGCAGCUAACUACGUGAAUAGUUCUGAUGUAUCUAAAAGUCUAAAUGCUUUUGAAGCUUAUUCAAACAGAGUAUUAGAAGCGGUAAAUAAUGCUUGUAGGGCACAGCUGGCAUCUGAAGCUGUUCAAAUGAUCACUGGUUAUCCAAUUGCCGAGUUUGAAAGGCUUCUGUAUUAUUCAUCUCCUGUUAUCCAUCAAUCACCUAGCUGCAACACUUGCUGCUCAUGGAACCAAUUUGACCAGGUCGGUGGUGUGUCACUGUGCAGACAUAAGACACCAAAUGUCUCGUUAGGAUGCCUAUGGGAGUGGUAUGAGAGAUAUGGGAGCUAUGGACUGGAAGUAAGGGCAGAGGAACUUGGGAAUUCUAAGAGAUUAGGUGCUGAUUGUUUUACAUUUCGGGCUUAUUUUGUCCCUUAUUUGUCAGGAAUUCAGCUUUUCAGGAAUGGUAGGAGUACUGAUACUGGAGAUAUUAACAAUGGACUUCACAGUCAUGAAGUGUCAAGCGCAUCCUGGAGUGAUGAUAAACCCUCAAAAUCCUCUAGUAUUGAUAGUCUUCCAAUAUAUCCACUACUUUUUUCUCAGCUUGAUUGCAAGGAAAAUGCAAUCACCCCACCACUUGAUAGUCUUCCAGAAGCUUUCGCUAAAGAUGUACCUGUUCGAUCAGCUGACACAACAGAUUUCUGCGAUUUAGAGCUACUUUUAGAAUAUUUUGAAUAUGAACAACCUCAACAGAGACGACCUCUAUAUGACAAGAUAAAGGAGCUGAUUAGAGGUGAUGGAAAUUCACAUUCAAAAGUUUAUGGUGAUCCAACUAAACUAGACUCUAUAAAUCUAAAUGAUCUACAUCCCAGAUCUUGGUAUUCAGUGGCAUGGUAUCCUAUUUACAGGAUACCUGAUGGUAACUUCCGUGCAGCAUUUUUGACUUACCAUUCAAUUGGUUAUUUGGUUCGUAGAAGUUGCAACUUUGAGUCUCAUAGUAUGGAUGACUGUGUUGUAUCUCCAGUUGUGGGUCUUCAGAGUUACAACGCGCAGGGUGAGUGCUGGUUUCAGCUAAGGCCCUCAGCAGCAGCACAGACAAUAGUAACAAACUCAGACCCCAGUGGAAUACUGGAGGAGCGAUUGAGAACACUUGAGGAGACGGCAUCUCUUAUGGCAAGAGCUGUAGUUAGCAAAGGAACUAUGACAUCUGCAAACAGGCAUCCAGACUUUGAGUUCUUCCUUUCUAGGCGGCGCUAGCUGGUGACGUAUUGGAAUAUUUUUUUACUAAUUUUAACAACUUCCGAUUUUACUAGUCUUCAGUUCCUCGUUAAGCUUAUCUACAUUAAAGGUAACAUCUAACCUCAGGUAGGCAGAAAGAGUGAUCAACCCUAAGAGAUUUUCUUUUUCUUGCCUUUUUUUGUCACAAUAUACAUGUACAUAUAUACUAUAUAGCCCUUCCUUCCAACUAGGAUGCUUGGUUACACGUACAUGUAUUUAAAGCCUAUCUUUCCAGGAUGUGUGUGAGUGCCUUAGAACAUAAUGCAACUCCUCAGGGAUUUGAGAAGGCACUGUAGUGUUACUAAAGAAAGGUAGCGUAGUGUUAUCAGUUAGCAGCCUCUGAUAAUAUUGUAAAUAUCUUACAGGAUACAUGCAUGAUAUGUA